AGGUAGGUAACUUCAUGUCUGUCUUAUAUAAGAAAUAAGAAAAUAACAAUCUAACCACACAUACAUCACCAACCCGCCACUGCACGCGCUAUCACGCUGAGUGCAACACAAAACACAACACUAGAAGCCAAAAGACUCCCCUCUCUAGGUAGCUAAACAAAAGAGGAACGGAGCGAAGCGAGGCCUCGCAUGAGCCUAGGAGGGGAAAUAUGUCAAACAACGACAGCACGUCCCAGGACUUCACAUCCUACUAUCUCCAGCAGAGCACCAAGGAGUUUGCCGAGGAUCUCGACAAGAUCCGGGGCGCCGCCGACUUCAACAGCGACACCUUAGCCAUGCUCGUCAAGUCACUCCAGCAGGGCACAUCUCUAUUCUCCGCUGCCAAUCAGAAGCGGUUCCUCGACGCGCAAAAGGCUAAAGGGGCAGCAGGGGAAAAGAGGUGAUGGCAAUAAGUGGGUGGGGAGGAAAAAGGGG